AACACUGCUUCCACCACACUCUCUUCUUCUGAUUCCCAAACUCAUUGAGUUAGGGUUUCCUCUGCGUUAAUGGCUUCAAAUUCGAUCCAUGGCAACGGCGUAUCGGGAUCGAAGCUCUGCAUAAACGACGUUCUAAGGGACGACGAGCUCCGUUCCGUUCUGGGGCGGGUGGAGACUGAGAAGGACAAGGAAACCUUCGGUUUGGUCUGCAAGCGAUGGCUUCGGUUGCAGAGCACCGAAAGGAAGAAGCUCGCAGCACGUGCCGGUCCCCACAUGCUCCGAAAAAUGGCCGAUAGGUUCACACGCUUGGUCGAAUUGGACCUUGCUCAGUCCGUUUCUCGUUCCUUUUACCCCGGCGUCACCGAUUCCGACCUCGCCGUCAUCGCUAAUGGCUUCACUUGCUUGAAGAUCCUCAAUUUGUAUAAUUGCAAAGGAAUUACAGAUGCUGGAAUGAAAGCUAUUGGUGAAGGUCUUUCCUUAUUGGAGUCGUUGGAUGUAUCUUACUGUAGAAAGCUGACCGACAAGGGAUUUUCAGCCGUUGCCAAAGGCUGUUCUGGCUUGCGGAUAUUACACAUGGCUGGUUGUAGAUUUGUUACUGAUGGUGUAUUAGAAGCUCUCUCAAAAAACUGUCGUAGCUUAGAGGAGUUGGGAUUGCAAGGGUGCACAAGUAUCACUGACAAUGGACUCAUAUACCUUGCAAGUGGGUGUCAUCGGAUCAGGUUUCUGGACAUCAAUAAAUGCAGUAAUGUCAGUGAUGUUGGGGUUUCUAGUAUUUCUAGGGCUUGUUCAUCUUCACUCGAGACAUUGAAACUCUUAGAUUGCUACAAAAUUGGGGAUGAAACCAUAUUAUCCCUGGCCGAAUGCUGUCGUAAUCUGGAGACUUUAAUCGUUGGAGGUUGCCGGGAUGUCUCUGCCGAUGCCAUAAAGUCGCUGGCUACUGCUUGUGGAAGCAGCCUUAAAAACUUAAGGAUGGAUUGGUGUCUAAACAUUUCUGAUUCCUCAUUGAGAUGUGUUUUAAGUCAAUGCAGAAACCUUGAGGCACUGGACAUUGGUUGCUGUGAAGAGUUGACUGAUGCUUCUUUUCAGUUCAUAAGCAAUGAAGAGUCUGCCUUGAGUUUGAAGAUUUUGAAGGUUGGUAAUUGUCCAAAGAUCACAGUCACAGGCAUAGGCAUUCUUGCGGGUAAAUGCAGUUCUUUGCAAUACUUGGACGUGAGGUCAUGCCCUUACAUUACGAAGGCUGGUCUCGACGAGGCUGGUUUCCAUUUUCCCGAAUCCUGCAAGAUUAAUUUUGAUGGUAGCAUCAGUGAGCCUGCUGUGCUUCUUUAAUACCAUAAUAAUUUCAAAGAAUUGGUUUCACCGUUAGAUCUUCAUUCGUAAACUUAUUGAUAAGGCGUGCCUUUGUAAAUUUGAUGAGAAUGUGAUCUGCUCUGAUGAUGUUAGUUCUCUUGUGCAACCCAUGUAUCAUGUAAGUGUACUAAAAUGGUGUCCGAUGUAUCAUAUUUUAUUAAUCAGUUCGGUUGUAAAUUUGAAGAGAACAA